UUUAGAUCCCUAAUAGUCAGGUUGUCAGGCUGUCAGGCUUUAAAUUCCAAAAGCGGUGUUGUUACCCACACCCAGCAAAUUGUUAUUUUUAAAUCCCAACUUUCCGCAGUUGUUUGGCAUGUUUAUCACUGGAUGGAUAUGUUUCUUUUCAGUUUGCGUCUGUGCUAUUUUAGGAAGUGAAAAUUCAAACCUUGAUAUUAGUGUCAGCAUAAGAAAUGUUACUAAUGAAUUUAUUGUUCGCUUCAAACACUACUAUUGGAAGCACACAAGAGAAGCAUAUAUUCAAUCUGCGCUAAACAGACAAAAUAUUACAAUAUGCACAUUUGGACAUAGGAUGGAUAUGUCAUUACUUCAUCCAAGUGAUUUUGAAGUUGUCCACUGCGCACUACCGGUUGACAGGAUCUUAAUAUCCCAUCCAGCUAUUAAGGCUGUUAACAUUCAAUCUGUUAUAUUCAGACAAUUGAAUUAUUUCUCUGGAUCGAAUAAUACAAUUAAUACACGACAAGACACCUCUCUGAAAUCAUACGAUCGCCAGCUUCUAGGACUAUUUCAAAAACACAUUACAGAGUUGUUGGAUGUUCCCAAGUUAUGGAGUCUUGGUAUUACCGGAAAAGGUAUUAAAGUUGCAGUUUUCGAUACUGGAUUGCCGAACCAUCAUCCACAUUUCCGCAAUGUAAAGGAAAGAACAAAUUGGACGAACGAAAAAUCCCUUGAUGACGGAGUUAGUCACGGGACAUUUGUUUCUGGUGUGAUUGCAUCAUCUAAUGAAUGCUUGGGUAUUGCACCAGAUGUUGAACUCCACAUUUUUCGUGUUUUUUCAAAUAAACAGGUUUCAUACACUUCCUGGUUUUUGGACGCCUUCAACUAUGCAAUGUUUAAGAAAAUUAAUGUUUUAAAUUUAAGUAUUGGCGGCCCAGAUUUUAUGGACCAUCCAUUCGUUGACAAGGUGUCAGAGCUUGCGGCAAAUAAAAUUAUAACAGUUUCUGCCAUUGGAAAUGAUGGACCCCUGUACGGUACUCUUAAUAACCCUGGAGAUCAAAGUGAUGUUGUAGGAGUCGGUGGCAUCAAUUCAGAUGAACUUGUAGCAAAGUUCAGCUCUCGUGGAAUGACAACAUGGGAAUUGCCAAAUGGAUACGGGCGAAUUAAGCCAGACAUUGUCACAUAUGGUAGUCAUGUGAAAGGAAGCAGUUUAAAUGGCGGAUGUAUUUCUCUGUCCGGAACCUCAGUAGCUUCUCCUGUUGUAGCCGGAGCUGUUGCGCUAAUACUAAGUGGAGCCCCAAAAAAAUUAAGUUUAAUAAAUCAAGCUUUGGUGAAGCAAAUACUAGCAGAGGGGGCCGUUAAAUUGCAGCACAAUAACAUAUUCGAACAAGGUCAUGGGAAGCUGAACAUUUCUAAAAGUUUGGAACUGCUUUUAUCAUAUGAACCCAAGAUUACACUUAGCCCACCUUACAUUGACUAUUCGGAGUCUUAUAUGUGGCCAUAUAGUUCACAACCGCUACAUUGUGUGGGCAUGCCAUCAAUAGUAAAUGUCACUAUUUGGAAUGCGAUUUCCGUAACGGGAAGAAUUACUAGUAAACCCGAAUGGCAGCCAAAUUUGGAUAAAAAUGGAGACCUGUUGCUUGUUGAAAUACUGUAUUCACAGAUUUUGUGGCCAUGGACUGGCUGGAUGGCAGUGAAAAUAAGUGUUACUAAUAGGGGUUGCUAUUAUGAGGGAAACGCUGAAGGGUCGAUUAAGCUUGUAGUAUACUCAUCUACACAAAAUAAUCACCAUAGACAUACAGUCCAAUUUCCAAUUAAAGUGAAAAUAGCUCCAAAACCGCCUCGUCAUAAAAGGAUUUUAUGGGACCAGUAUCACAAUAUUCAGUAUCCCCCCGGCUAUAUACCUAGAGAUAGCCUAAAGAUUAAAUCCGACCCCCUUGAUUGGAGAGGUGAUCACAUCCACACAAAUUUUAGAGACUUGUAUCACCAUUUACGAAACCGUGGAUAUUAUAUUGAUGUACUGGGAGCUCCAUACACGUGCUUCAAUGCUAGCGAAUACGGUUCAUUAUUAAUUAUUGAUCCAGAAGAAGAGUUUUUUGACGAAGAAAUCUACAAAUUACAGAAAGAUGUAUUUGACUACGGCCUUGGAGUAGUUAUUUUUGCUGAUUGGUACAAUACGACGGUAAUGAAAAAAAUGCAAUUUUUUGACGAAAAUACCAGAGAGUGGUGGAUUCCAGAUACAGGGGGCGCCAACAUUCCAGCCCUCAAUGAUUUGCUGCAUGGGUUUGGUAUAUCGCUGAGCGACAUAGUGGCAGAUGGAUACAUCCAACUAGGCGAACACAGUUUUUACUAUGGUAGUGGCACAACAUUGGAUACGUUUCCUCAAGAUGACGACACAAUUCUUAUAUCUGCCCUGUUAAAUGAUCAAGGAGCAGAGGUUAUCAGAAAGAAAACAGAUUUUAAAGAAGCGCCCAAUACGUUGCCAAUUAUCGGGCUAUUCCAAAUGAACAGUCGUCAUCGAAUUAAAAUAGAUAUACCUGAGGAAUUUCCAACACUCAAUGUAGACGUGGGCAUCGAACUUAAUGGGACAGAAAAUGAUAUUUUUACUUACAAUCCUGCAAUUAACAAAAGAGUUUUACUUCAAUCAACAAUUCAACGAGGCCAGCAAGAGACAAAUUCCAGCAAGGACGAAAUUAUUAAAGACUAUGUAGGUGUCCAAACACUUCGGAAAGAGGGACGUGUUGCUAUCAUGGGUGACUCAAACUGCAUUGAUUCCAUAAAUGCAGAAAAUGCAUGUAUGUGGCUCAUAAAUGCUUUUUUAGAAUAUACAAUGAACUCGCAUACUGCAUCAGUUUUCAAGAAAUAUAAUUCGGUUAUUCAGCAAAGCAGAAUUGCGAAAAUCAAAACACAUCCAAAAAGGCUUAAGACGUCUAAACUACACAAAUAUUCUAAAGUCGUGGAUGUUAACAACAAACUAAGGAAAAGAUCUUUAACGAAAUGCACUGUGUAAACCAAUGUAAGUAAUCAGCAUUUUAGAUUCUAAACGGAUAUUAGAAAUCGUUCGAUUCCAAAUCUAUUCUUGUCAAACAUAUAUAAUAAAUGAUCUUUCUAUUAGAGAAGUGAGUGCAAUACCAUGCGAAUUAAAAGCUGGUUCAGUUUCAGAGUAAAAAUUGAGGUAACCUGUUAAUUUGGUGUCGUUUUUCCUUCUUACUGUACCUUGGUUAUGUUUUAGUUUUGAAUUAUAUUUCGAUUACGAUCCUUUUAUUUUUUUUGCUGCUACAAAAAAAAUAUGAAUGUAAUUGAAAAGAAAAAUAAGAAUAAUACUUUCAGUGUAAUUGUUAAUGUUAAGGAAAAAUAACAUAUUUAAUUUCUGUGUAAGAUUUUCUCUUAAUUUCAUAUUUUCUUUUAUUGAUUUGUAAUUUCAAUUUUAAUUAUUUUAGUGUAUAAACAUCGCCUGUUUUCGAUAGCCCCAUGUUUUUAAUAGUAUCAAAAUCAAU